GAAAAUUUAUCACAGACUUUGGCCUACACGAUGAGAUCGAUUACUUGCGUGCUGACGCUGCUGGUCUCUGCUGUGGUCGGACAGACUGUUGUCCCACCAAGCACGUGGAACUACACCUACCCAUGGCCAGUAAAGUACCAUACCGUCACGUCACAGCGCCAGAAUCUCUCCAUGGCCUACAUGGAUGUUGCACCAACCAGCUAUGCAACGAACAAAACCAUUGUUCUUCUUCAUGGUAAAAACUUUUGUGGCGCAACAUGGGAAGACACAGCGCGGAGGCUGUCAGCCCGUGGCUACCGAGUUAUUGUGCCAGACCAGAUUGGCUUCUGCAAAUCAUCCAAACCGCCAACAUACCAGUUCUCUCUGCAACAGCUAGCCUUCAACACCAACUCGCUGCUUCAGUCGCUCGGUGUAUCACAAACCAAGGUCCUUGGACACUCAAUGGGCGGCAUGCUUGCGACUCGCUUCGCGCUUAUGUACCCCAACACUACUUCGCACCUCAUCUUGACGAAUCCCAUCGGUCUGGAGGACUGGAAAGCCCUCGGUGUCCCGUGGCGAUCAAUUGAUCUUCUGUACCCAGACGAGCUGAGGACGAAUUACACGUCAAUUCGCAAUUAUCAGCAAGCCACCUACUACGUCAACACCUGGAAGCCUGAGUAUGACGUCUGGGUCAACAUGCUGGUCUCCUUGUAUCGUCUGCCCGUUGAGGGGGCUACGUUCGCGUAUAACAUGGCAUCAACAACAGAUAUGGUGCUGACGCAGCCAGUCGUGUACGAGCUCGGCCUAGUGAAAGCGAAAACUUUGCUCAUGAUUGGCACGAAAGACAACACUGCCAUUGGGAAGGCUUGGAGUCCGCCAGCGGUGCAGGCCAAGCUAGGGAACUACUCGGUCCUUGGCAAGGAGGCGGCCGCAAAUAUCCCAGGUGCGGAGUUGGUGGAAUGGACAGACCUAGGACAUGCUCCACAGACUCAGGAUAGUGAGAGGUAUCACAAAGCGUUGUUUGAGUGGUUGGCGAAGGUGGGCUGAGCCGCUUCUGAUCCCCCUAGUCCCAGACUGCUCGUGGGUUGAAAAGGUUGGGCAAGUCGCUAGAUGCUCCAGUCUGACAGUUUUAAAUUCACCAACGGUAGAACGUGCUCAUUAGUCAGCCGGUGAAUCUACUGUUGUCUCACCACUGUGCUCGAUGCCCAGCCUACACUCUCUGGCCUCCUUCAGCCAUCUCUUGUAAUC